UCCUCCUCCUCCCCGCCUUCAGCGUCAGCGUGAGGGACGAGGAGGGAGGAGCAGACCGAAGAGGAGGACCGAGGGAAGCGGAGGGCGGCAGCGACAGUAAGGGAGGGAGGCGGGCACCCUCCUGGGGCCGAAGGCCGAGCAGGCGCGAGGAGCGGGAGGAGGAGCGGGAGGACGACCAAGACAAGGAUCGGAGGUGGGCACCGCUUUUGAAUCGAGGGCCGCCGCUUGCUUCGACAGCUCCAGCGGCACCAGCAGCCGCAGGGCGAUCGUGUUGUCCAGCUCCAGGAAGGGCCGCGCCAGAGCCGCCACGGCGCCGAGCGGCCGAUACGACAGGCUUCGCUGCAGCUUGGUGCCUCCACGCUCACCCUUCCUGGCAGGGAGGGGCGAGCGGAGAAGGAGGAGGAGGAGGAGAAGGAGGGAGGAGGCGGAGGAAGAGGAGGAGGAGGGAGGAGGGAGGAGGAAAAGGGAGGGGGAAGCGAGAAGGAGAAAGCGUGCGGGGCUCCUGGCCGUGAAGAGCAUGCGGCAUUUCCCCCGGGGGAGGCCUCGACGGGCUACGGGGGGAAAUUCCAAGCGCAGCCCGGAGGGCCCGUGGACAGACCAGUGAGCAGCCCUGACCCUCAAC